AACACCCAGCCACCCGUCGGGCUAACCAGAGCUACAGAGGUCGAGUGGGUAGACCUACUGCAUUGGAAUCCACCAAAGACCUAGAACCGUUCCGCAAGACCUAGAAGCGAGCGCGAAGAAACCAAUUUGUUUACACUAGCUCGUUAAAAGAUAUUGGAUUCAGGAAGAAAUAUUUAUCUACAUAGAGAUCUACUACAGUGAUUGUUAAAAUCCAAGUUACAUAAUAUCCAUAUUAUUAAAACUCAGGACUACCCACGACGGAGCAUUCGACUCUAUAACCUUGAUAGGAUUUAAGACGUCACGCUACAAGUGCACGCUGUUGGUGUAAAAAUAUCAUGAAACCUGAAUCAGGCGGUGGUUUUCGUGGUGGACGUGGCAGGGGUGGACAAAGGCAUAGUUUUGGUGGUGAAAAGAAGAUUGACGGGGAUGAAAGCCGUGGUGGUGGACGAGGUGGACGAUUUAGCGAAAGAGGUGGUUUCCGGGGUGGUCGUGGUGGUGACUCUGGUGGACGUGGAAGAGGUAGAGGUGAUUUCGGUGGACGUGGACGUGGGGGCUUCGGUAGGGGCACGCCACGAGGCCGAGGCGGUCGGGGUGGGAUGAGAGGUGGCAAGAAAGUAAUGAUAGAACCUCAUAGACAUGAAGGGAUUUUCGUUGCAAAAGGCAAAGAAGAUUGUCUAGUUACGAGAAACGUUGUAGUUGGUGAGUCUGUUUACGGGGAGAAGCGUAUCAGUGUUGAGGAUGAUGCUGGUGGAAAAAUUGAAUACAGAGUAUGGAAUCCGUUCAGAUCAAAGUUGGCCGCUGGUAUUGUGAAUGGAUUGGACCAAAUCCACAUUAAACCGGGUUCCCGUGUCUUGUACCUGGGUGCUGCUAGUGGGACUACAGUCUCCCAUGUAUCAGAUGUUGUUGGAGAUGAUGGAGUUGUUUACGCGGUAGAAUUUUCACAUCGUUCAGGACGUGACCUUUUGAAUGUUGCUAAACACCGUACGAAUAUAGUUCCAAUUAUUGAGGAUGCCAGGCACCCUCAUAAGUAUAGAAUGCUUGUGGGCAUGGUGGACUGUAUAUUCGCUGAUGUCGCUCAACCGGAUCAAUCAAGAAUAGUUGGUGUCAAUGCCGAGUACUACUUGAAAAAUGGUGGACACACUGUUAUUUCAAUUAAAGCUUCUUGUAUUGACUCAGUUGCUGCUCCUGAAGUUGUGUUUGCAAAGGAAGUAGAUACGCUAAGGAAGUUGCAGUUCACACCACGAGAACAAGUCACUCUUGAACCUUUUGAGCGUGGUCAUGCAAUGGUUACUGCUCAGUAUAGGUAGGUUUUCAAUUUUGUCUAUGAUCUUGUCUUUCUCUAGGGCACCGAAGAAAGUAAAGAAUGAACAACAGUAAAUGCAUUUGCUCCACUUGUACAUAAUACUACUCUAAACAAAUAUUAUCUGAAUAUUUUGGCGUUAUUGCUCCUGAAAGUACUACCAUUGUUGGAACUGUCUAUAUUAAUUUGUAUUUCGUCUCAUCUGUAAACUUCUGAAAUUUGAUUGUAUGUUCGCUACUAGGCUGGUGUGAAACUCGAAGUCGUACUUACAGUUGAGGAUAUCAAGUCAGUAGCAAAAGUUAAUAAUGUUUAGGUUCGCCAAUUGGGUACGUUAUUGGACUGUAUACUUUUGUUGGUUGCCGGACCCUUUUAAGUAAAACCAAGAUUUUGUGGUUCAUUCACAUUUUUCGAAAUACGUAGCUUCAGUCCUUCACCUUCAGGAAAUGAUAAUAGGGCAGUGACCUGUAUAGUUCGUUGCAAUUGUUUGUACUGUAGAAAUGGAGUUUCAUAUUGGAAGUAUCAACAGUAGUUGGAAGUAUGUUUCUCGCGAAUUGUUAUAAGUUAAAGACCAUUUGAUACGGUUAUAUGCAUACAUAUUAAUCGUCUAGUUGAAGAAAGGUAACCAGAUUGGAACAUAGCAUCAGUUCUUGAAGUAACUGAUCGUUGGGAAGUACUUCAGGUCUACGUGAUAAUUGAAAUCGAUGGUUGGACACUAAGUGAUAAGGCUCAAAGUCAGUCUGAGUGGAGGUGUAUCCGCACAUUACCC